AGGAAACAUAAUUUAAGCAUGGAUUUAUCUUUUGAAGAGGGGCCUCCUUUAAAAUUGGUUGCAGUUACGAAAUCUUUCUCGGACGGUGUUCCUGUAUUAAACGGAGUUAAUCUCAGCGUGGAUAAGGGAACAAUAUAUGCCCUACUUCGUCAGAGUGGAUGUGGGAAAACGACUCUUCUAUCCUGCAUAGUUGGACUCCAGCAACUGAACUCUGGGAGGAUUGAAAUAUUUGGUAGAGACAUUUCUGAUUAUAGAAAUGGCGUUGCGGGCAGUGUGAUAGGAUACAUGCCACAGAAAUCUCACUUUACGAGUCAUUCACGCUGAAGGAAACAUUCUUCUACUAUGGAAUGUUACACUCGAUGUCAAAAAUCUGUAUAAAUGAUCAGUUGGAAAAGCUGCAAGCUUUACUAGACCUGCCACAUGUGGACAAAUAUGUUGAUGAAAUCAGUGGUGGAGAACGUCGCCGAGUUUCGCUGGGAGUCGCGUUAUUACAUAAUCCCGAACUUUUAAUCCUUGAUGAACCAAGCGUAGGGAUAGAUCCGCUUUUACGUCAAAAGAUAUGGGGAUACCUCACAAGCUUGGUUAAAACUCAACAAACCACGAUACUCAUCACGACACAUUACGUGGAGGAAACAAAGCAAUGCGAUAAAAUCGGUUAUUUACGAGAUGGAACAAUUUCGAUAGAAGGUUCUCCAACCGGAUUAUUAAAAACAUAUAAUGUUACAUUACUGGAUGAUGCCAUUCUUGCAGCGUGCAAAGCCAAACAGGAACCUCCAACUUGUGCUGGGUUAUUUAUCUCCAAACCGAAAGUAACAUGCAAGUCAUACAACUCUAAAAAUAACGUCCAACUCACAUCAUUCCGUAAAUUCGAGAAAUCUUCUAAUGAGUCAAGUAUCCAUGAGAAAACUGUACUCGACAAGAUGGCGGCUAAUUAUUUACCCCACGUGAAUCAGAUUAAUCGGAUUUCUCUGACGAGGGAAUUUAGCAGCCUGAAAGCACUUGUCAAGCGCAAUUGGAUAAUAUACACACGAUCUAAAACGUAUGCAUGACAUUUUAUGAUUCCU